UUAUUUUUUAAUACACGUGAAACAGGAAGUUCAGGUAGGUAUUGCACUUCCUUCAACUUGACGCUCAGGUAAACGAUCGAAAAGUUCACUUUGGAGAUUUCGAAGUGGGAUUGAUACUGGAGGUGUUCAAGAUUAACUAAGAGUGUAAAUGUUUAUUCGUAUGUGUAGAAGACCUCAUUAAGUCGGGAGGUAUCGGUGGCUGAAGCGUGCACACUAGGUUUGAGCCUAGAAGUCAUGGCAGCUGGUGGCGCUGGGAGCCAAAGACACAGCACUGGUGGCAGCUCCAGACAUGGACCGAGCAGGAGCAGCAGCGAGAGGUCGUCCUAUGAGGAGCGCUGUGUUGACCCGGUGGAAGAUCAUCCCCAGGUGGUAAAGACAGCCCACAAAGCUCAUCUCAAAGAUGCAAAUGGAAAUGAUUCUGAGAUCACUGGCUUCAUUCCUGGCUCCGCUGUCCCUGCUUCCGCGGCGCCAAAUUCCUGCAGCCCUUGCACCUUUCCGAGUAGCUGUCGGACUUUUCUGUGCAGCGUGCUGACCUGUGGCCUGUACAGGGUCUGCCAGCGCUCUGUCCUCGCUCCGUGCCUGGUGCCCAGCGAGAGCUCCACAGAUGAGCCGGAGAAGGUGAGCCUUCGAGCCGUGAACCCAGGAGACAACAAAGGGGAGGAGGGGACAGAGUGGCUGGAGGAUGUCCACAUUGCUGGAGUCAGAGUACAAAGUCCAAGAGAGUAUUUGAAUGAUGAAGCCAAAAGUCCAGCGUUUGUCCCUGGAGGUCAGACGCAGCCCAGCCACCCCAGCUUCCACUACACCAUGACAUGUGAUGACUGGGAGGACGGCAUUGAAGAUGUGGACUCGCUGAUCACUAAGAAGCUGCUACAGCUCUAUUCUGAAUACCAGAUUGAAGAGCUGGCCAGGUGCACCUCAGACUCUGUGUUUCUGAAGAAGAGCAAGGCAAUCAAUCAUCUUAUCAAUUCACUUGCAGAAGAGCACCAGAUGGAUGAGCAAGAGGCCGAGUGUCGAUUGGUGCGGGGCAUCAUCCGCAUCAGUACGCGGAAAAGUACCAAGAAGAGGACGUUGGCAGACAGCGGUAACGAGACCAUGAGGGCCAGCGAGUCUUUUCCAGUCAGCAACAACAAUGACCACAAAUCAAAUCCAAACAUCCAGAUAUCAGUAGAAAGCCCAUCUGACAAAUUUGCCAGGGAAAUGUGGAAGAAUAAUGGAGGUCAUAGCUCUCGUUCUCCAACGGCGAACUCGCCCUCUCACUCAAAGUCGAAUUCUUCAGGUGUCCCGCUGUUUCACUCUGAUGUGACAACGUGAUUGGUGCUCCUCGCUGGUAAUCUGUGGUCUAAUCUUACACGUGGUGUCCUGAAGGUCACAAACACUGAAAGCUUGCUGCCAUCGUCAGCUUCUUUGUAGCAAACACAGCUGUGCUGUG